CUUUUGUACCUCCAAGGCUUCGGAAGACAUGUUGCAAGUCUGGAAACUUUUGCUUUUAAUAGGCAUUUCAUGUCAAACCGUUUACGCUGUCUAUGAGGAAGAGGAGGAAGCAAAUUGCUUUGCCCUUCAGGACGAAACAUGUCCCAAUGAGAACAUUACCUUUUGGUUCUACACAAACACUAUCCUCGAGGGAAAACAAUUGUGGUUGCACAAUUUAAGCGAUUCAGGAUUUCUACCUCGAAAACAGUUAAAAGUUUUAGUUCAUGGAUUUCAUGGUAACCGCGACAAAUUGCCCAACAAUCAGCUGCGCCUCCUGCUUACUUCCCAGAACUACCAUGUGAUCUCACCGGACUUUCCAAACUUGGCCGUGGAACCCUGCUACUCGCAGGCAGUGGGGAAUGCCAAGUUCGUGGGCCGUUGCCUGGCCCAAUUACUGGAAAAGCUUGUUAGCGAACGUCUGGUGGCCCAUGAGGAUCUGCAUUUGAUCGGUUUCGGUUUGGGUGCCCAUGUAGCCGGGUUUACCGGACUCUUUAUGCCUAAGAACCUGCCACUGCAGCGCAUCACCGCUUUAAAUCCGGCCAAGCCACUCUUUCUGGGCACCGACAAAGAUGAUAAACUGGAUUCCACCGAUGCCCUUUUCGUGGAUGUCAUUCACACGGAUGUCCUGAUGCUUGGCCUUUUAGAGGCAGUGGGUCACGUGGACUUUUACGUGAACAUGGGCAUCAGUCAGCCCAACUGCGGGGAUGUCAGCAAGAUAACCACCCACUACUGCUACCACAACCGAGCCGUGACUUAUUACGCGGAGUCCAUUGCCUCGCCCUUGGGCUUUUUUGGCUACGGCUGUUCCAACUACAGUAGCUUUCUGAAUGGAAAGUGCCAGCCCAGUAAGGAUGUGGAACAGAUGGGCUUCUACGUACGAUCGGAGGCCAGGGGCUUUUACUUUUUGGAGACUAAUUAUUUUCCACCUUAUGCAAUGGGCGUAAACCAUAUGAAUCUGAGCCGCGAAUUUAAAAACAGAACUUACAUAAUCGACGAAUUCCUAGGUCCUAAGUGGGAUUUUUGACAAUAAAACGGCACAAUAAGAAAGUGUAGCAGAAAUAUGUUAUAACACCAUGAUUAUAACCAAUAAAAAAUAUUGAAGCAAAA